GUGAUUUAUAGAAGUCGACAUCCACAAAUCAUUCUUGACUUAAAAAUUAAUUAUGGUGCCCUGUUAUAUUUAAUAACCAAGGUAUGAAUCAAGAUCAAGAAGUUCCGACAUCAUCACCUGAAUAUACGCGUUUUGGUUGUUUGUUCGGAGCCCCUAUCGGGUCCCCUUGUAAUCACCAGCACACGGAUCCCUACAAGACUUCGCCACCCACUGGAUCAUUCCCAGUUGACUGGAGAGAGCCGUGGCAUCAAGAAGGUAACAGCUGCGAACCCGAUGAAAACGAACAAUACGUACCAGAUUCAGAUUACCCCACGACCGCACAUAACACCAGCGAUGUAAAGCCAGAGAAUUCGAUGUCUGAGAUCUCGUCAAAUUUAACCAAAGCUUACCAUGGCUCAACUUCUUACCCACCAAUUGAAUCCUUUGAUAACUUUUGCCCCGGAAAUUUUCAGUCUGCAAGUCACUUUUACGCCAAUAACAUAUCCAGGUGUACAUUAACCUCGAGGACAGUGGGAGAAGGACCACAAUACUCGGGACAUUUGCAAAGCAUUCCGGAUCAGUUGGGAGCACACAUACCUAUAAAGCAAGAACCAAACGACAAGGAUUUUGACGGUAAUUCUAAUUAUGGCAGAGCGACCUACGAGCGAAAUAAAAUAUUACCGCAUGCGAAUAAAAGUUGCUGGAUGCAGACUUUAACCCUAAAUCAGACAGUUCACUUUGAAAGGACAAAUGAGGAAAAAAGAGAAUCGAUAGAUAAUCGUUUACAAACUUCUAAUGGACGAAGAGGAUCCUUGCAACUAUGGCAGUUCUUAGUAGCACUUUUGGACACUCCCGAUGCAAGUGCCGGUUGUAUAGCGUGGACAGGCAGAGGAAUGGAAUUUAAACUAAUCGAACCCGAAGAGGUUGCAAGACGAUGGGGCGCGCAAAAAAAUCGACCCGCUAUGAAUUACGAUAAAUUAAGCCGAUCGCUUCGUUACUAUUACGAAAAAGGAAUCAUGCAGAAAGUUGCAGGUGAACGGUAUGUUUACAAAUUUGUGUGUGACCCAGAUGCCCUUUUCAAUAUGGCGUAUGGGUCCCAUUCAGAAAACAAUCUAAGGACGCAGAUAACUUCAAAGUUGGAAACUAUUAAUCCCAAGAGUGAUUCACAUCAUUUAGCUUAUGCAGAUAUGCUCAAUUUGUAUAACUGUGGUAUUGCGCACGCACACCCUUAUCAACACUUGCACCCUUACCUACAAGACACAAAACAAAGCAAAUACCCGUAAAAUAGUUUACAUUAAUUAACAUUGUUAGGCACAUUCCAAAAAGUUUCAACAGUUAUUGUAUGUUGUCUUUUUAUACAUUUUGUUACUUGUAACUAAAUUCCACCUAUACUAUUGUUUUUCUGUUAAGUGAAUACUGUUUUGUAUAUGAUAACACAUCGUUGCUU